AUGCACGCAACCCUCCUUGACCUCAUUAAGUCUAUCGACCCGUACGUAUACCCCUCGAACCCCCUCGUUCAUCCUCGUGACAAUGCGCGGAUGACCCCAUUCCACCUCGUGAUCGGUAACCAUCACGUCGAUCCUCCGAUUCUACCCAUCGGCCACAUCCAUCCGACAAUCCUCAUCGACAUGCUCGCUUACAACGUCGAGACGGUCGGCGAGAGCUUCACAUUCUACCCCGCGAUGGGGCCCCGACCGGAGAGUGCGGUCCUGCGAGCGGUCAAGGCGGUCGCUUUCAGCUACCAAGCGGUCAAUAGGGGCAAAGACGCGCUGACGGGGAUUAUCGACGGUCUGGUCGAUUUCAUGCGGAAGAGGGGCACCGUUCCGGAGGACAAGUACGGCCCAAAUGAAGAGCGAUUCGCAAUGUAUGCGUCUCCACGCUCGACGCACUUCGAGGGGAAAGUUCUCGGUCCGAUGAGGAAUGCUGUGGCCACGGUGGCACGAAGUCGGAGCGGCUUUUUCGGGUGUGCAACAUUUGGCGUGAAGGCUAUAUUGUACGAAGGAGAGGGAGAGGGAAUGCGGAUCUGGGUUCAGGUCCGAGGCGGCAAAUUGAAUCAGUCCAGUUGGGGAGGGCAAUACGAUGUCACCGCCAACGGGGCCCUUCCUGCCGGCCUGCUACCCCUCGAAGGCAUUGUCAAGGAGUGUGUUGAGGAAGCGGACCUGCCAGCUGAGUUCUGUGCGGCAAAUCUGAAGCUCACCGCUACCGCCUCUUACUGGAUGAUCGCCAAGGAAUGGGUCAGACCUCAUACGACGUGA